UUUGUGUUGGAUUUCAAGCUCAGUUUCCCUUAUCCAUUCUACAUUUUGUCCAAAUUCAAUCCAUGAAUCUCCGACUACAACUGCAACAACUAUCGACAACAUCAUCAAUGACAACAUUUUCAACUGAAUUCUUGUCACACACUCUCAAUUUGAGAAACCAUCCUAACCGCACUUCUCGCCAUUCAAACCCCAACUUCGUCACUUCCUCAACCCCACUUCUAAACGAAGGCAACACUAAUGACCGAAGAACAAGAAUCAACCAAGAACGAUUCAGGGCCAAUGAAACAAGGCCGAAACUUGAUCAAAAUUACGAUUUUCGAGACACCGAUUUCAUGAAAGCUCUCCACAGGUCAUGCAAAUCAGGUAAGUACGAUGAGUCUCUCUACUCGCUUCAGCAAAUGGUUAAUAGGGGUUAUAAUCCUGAUGUUGUUCUCUGCACAAAAUUGAUUAAGGGUUUUUUCAAUUCUAAGAAAAUCGAGAAAGCUAUUCAGGUUUUGGAGAAGCACGGUGAGCCUAAUGUUUUCACUUAUAAUGCUGUUAUAAACGGGUUUUGUAAAUCUGAUAGAGUUGAUGCUGCCAAUAAGGUGCUUGAUAGAAUGAAAAAGAGAGGUUUGGCUCCUAAUGUUGUUACUUAUACUAUUCUUAUUGGGAAUCUAUGUGGGAGGAGUAUUGAUGAAGCUAUGAAGCUUUUUGAUGAGAUGUUGUCGAGAGGGCUUCGACCUGAUGCAUAUACUUAUAAUAUUCUGUUGAAGAGUCUUUUGAAUGAAGGGAAAUGGGAAGCGGGGAAGAGUUUGAUGUCGGAUAUGUUGGAUAAAGGUUGUGAGCCGAGUUCUGUGACAUACAACACAUUGAUUGGCUCGCUUUGUCGUGCUGGUAAAAUUGGCGAGGUUGAGAAUGUAUUGAAGAAUAUGAAGAAGAGAGGUUUGGCUCCUGAUGUUGUUACUUAUAAUAUUCUGUUGAAGAGUCUUUUGAAUGAAGGGAAAUGGGAAGCGGGGGAGAGUUUGAUCUCGGAUAUGUUGGAUAAAGGUUGUGAGCCGAGUAAUGUGACAUACAACACAUUGAUUUCUGCUUUUUGCAAAGGAAAAAUAAAUUUGGCUUUAGAGUAUUUGGAUAACAUGAUAUCACAUGGUCUUUUGCCUGAUAUUGUUUGCUAUAACUCAGUCUUGGCUUCUCUGUGUAAUAAUGGACAUGUUGGUGAGGCUUUGAACAUCUUUGAGAAGCUCGGUGAAGUGGGUUGUCCUCCAAAUGCAAGUUCUUAUCAUACAUUGUUUGGUGCAUUGUGGAGCAGCGACAAUAAAAUUAGAGCGUUACGGAUGAUUCUGGAGAUGUUAAGCAAAGGCAUUGAUCCUGACGAGUUCACCUAUAAUUCACUUAUUUCUUGCUUGUGCAGAGAUGGAUUGGUGGAUCAGGCAAUUGAGUUGCUGGUUGACAUGAUGGAGAGUCACAAGUUUCAGCCUACUGUUAUUAGCUACAAUGCUGUUAUUCUUGGAUUGUGCAAGGCGCAAAGAAUCAUAGAUGCUAUUGAGGUGCUUGCUGCUAUGAAUCAGAGAGGAUGCUUGCCAAAUGAAACAACCUACUUAUUGUUGAUUCGAGGGAUUGGUUUUGGAGGAUGGCGAAAUGACGCGAUGGAGUUGGCUAACUCACUUGUUAACAUGGAUGCUGUAUCGGAAGAUUCAUUCAAACGUUGGAACAAAAUGUUCAAAUAUUUGAACAAAACGUUUCAUGCGAUUGAUGCGCACAAAGAGCUUGCAGUAUCUGAGUGAACUAACUUCAUAGGCAUAAAAUUGAUUUAUUCAGGGUUAUUGAAGUUUACUCAAAUAUUAAAUGGAUGGUUACUUCUGACACAACUAUAAUGUGGCUACUAAAACACCACUGCCUCAGUUGAUGAACGAUGCGAUGAUCGUGGCAAAGCAGAAGGAUUUCGAUGUUUUCAAUGCCUUGGAUGUGAUGCAUAAUGAAGGUUUCCUUAAAGAUCUCAAAUUUGGACCUGGAGAUGGACAGUUUCACUACUACUUGUUUUGUUUUAUUAACUUGUUGUUUCAACUAAACACCAUUUAUUGUUCCAUUGAAAUAUUGGGAAUUUAACAUACUCUUGCAGAGUAUGUGAAAAAGCUUAUCUUUUGGUGA